ACAGAAAAUGCUCCACUUGUAAUUAGCUUCUUUCUCUGCAAAUCCGUCGUUUCUCUCUCUCUAUUGUCACGUAGUAACACAACACCAUCUUUUCUUUUUUGAAUCAAAUCAAAUUCCAAAUCUCUCUCUCUCUCUCUCUCUCUCUCUCUCUCUCUCAAGAAUGGAGAUUGCUGCUUCCGAAGAUUGCUCCGAUAACACUCAACGACCAGACUCAGAUAACGACCAACGAGUCUAUCUCGUUCCUUACAGAAUUCCAAUCGUCAUUUCUCCACACACCAGACACCACAAAAAUCAAAUCUCGAUUGUUCAGAUGCUACUAACGACACUAGCAAUGCUCCUUUAGGGUUUGCACACUCUACUGAACCAGCUGGUGGUGGAAGGAUGCUCAGGAUUCACCGCUGGAGGAUUCGGAGAAGAAGAAGGGAGUUGUGUUUGCAUCUCUGCCCGGUUCUUCUUAUGCUGGUCCAAUGAGGAUCAUCAACAACAUCUUCAACUCGGAUCUCGUGAUGAGUCUUCGGAAGGAGGAUGAUUUGCAGGACUGUCGCGAGAACGGCGGUGAAGUGAGUGUGUCUGGCAGGGACUUUGCAUUGGUAUCUGGGGAUAUGUGGUUGCAGGCACUCAAGUGGCAUAGUGAUUCAAAAAAUGCGAUGAAGGAUGACAAAGGCUUUUCAGCUGCUGACGGUGAUAUGGCAGAAGUCUAUCCAUUACAGCUCCGGCUUUCUAUUAUGAGAGAAACAAAUACAUUUGGAGUGAGAAUAAGCAAAAAGGACAAUGCAAUUGAGCUUUUUAAACGAGCCUGCAAAAUGUUCAGUGUGGAUUCAGAGAUGUUACGCAUAUGGGACUUUUCAGGUCAGAUAACCCUUUUUUUUGCAAAUGGUAAAAAUCACUUCCCAAUAGACUGUCAAAGGCAAUCUGAUAACGAGAUUCUUCUGGAGUUACAAGUUUACGGGUUGUCAGAUUCAUUGAGAUGUAGAGAAGGGAAAAAAGACGAGAUGACAAAUUUUUCUUCCGGUGCCUCAGUGAAGAUGAAUGGUAGUGCAAGCAGUAUGAAUUCUAAUGGUGUACAUGACAAUUCCUUGACUUUCUCUUUGGGCCCUGGUGAAGCUGGUACCUUGGGAUUGAUUGGUUUACAAAACCUAGGAAAUACUUGCUUCAUGAACAGUGCCCUCCAGUGCCUAGCACACACACCAAAGCUUGUUGACUAUUUUCUUGAAGAUUAUGGUAGAGAAAUCAAUCAUGAUAACCCAUUGGGCAUGAAUGGUGAGAUAGCUUUGGCCUUUGGAGAUUUAAUUAGGAAGUUAUGGGCUCCUGGAGCAAGUCCUGUAGCACCAAGAAUGUUCAAAUCAAAGCUUGCUAGAUUUGCACCUCAGUUUAGUGGAUUUAAUCAGCACGAUUCCCAAGAGCUCCUUGCUUUUUUGUUGGAUGGACUUCAUGAGGAUCUGAAUCGUGUUAAAUGUAAGCCUUAUGCAGAAGUAAAGGAUGCAGAUGGUCGGCCAGACCAAGAGGUUGCUGAUGAAUACUGGCAUAACCAUUUGGCUCGCAAUGAUUCUGUCAUUGUUGAUGUGUGCCAAGGUCAAUAUAAAUCAACUUUACUUUGUCCUGUUUGUAGGAAGAUCUCGGUGACAUUUGAUCCAUUCAUGUACUUAUCAUUACCUCUUCCUUCAUCAACAAUGCGGUCAAUGACUUUGACUGUUAUUAGUAGUGGUAGUGAUGGAAAGACUCAAUUAUCUCCCUAUACCAUUUCUGUUACAAAACAUGGAAAAUUUGAAGAUCUGACCCGUGCUCUUAGUAUUGCAUGCUCUCUGGGGGCCGAUGAGACCUUAUUAGUGGCUGAGGUAUACAACAGCCGUAUCAUACGUUUUCUUGAAGAUCCAGCUGAUUCAUUAUCCCUAAUCAGAGAUGCUGACAGGCUAGUUGCUUACCGAAUUAUGAAAGAUAGCGGGGAUUCCCCUUUGGUCAUCUUCAUACAUCAGCGGAUGGAGGAGCUGUACAUCCAUGGGAAGUCGACAUCAAAUUGGAAGGCCUUCGGGAUUCCUGUAGUGGCCAGGCUUUGCAAUAUUGUAAAUGGAUCUGAUCUAUGCAACUUAUAUCUAAAGUGGUUCUGUCCAUUUCAACAAGCUGCUUUAGAAGAUUGUGCUGCGUCUAACAAAAAUGAAGCAGCAGCAGAAAUGGCCACAUCUUCUGAUUCAGGUCCAAAUGUGAAUGAGUUAGAUACUUCUUCAGAUGGAGAAAUUGAGUUUUACAUUACAGAUGAAAAGGGAACUGUCAGGAAUCCCAAGAUAUUAAUGGAUGAGCCACUAACAAUAAGUGGAGACUCAAGACUACUGCAUGUGCUUGUAUGUUGGUCAGAAAAAAUUAAAAUAUAUGACACAAAACUCUCUAGUUCAUUGCCUGAGGUUUUCAAAUCUGGCUUUUUGGCAAAGAGACCUCAAGAAUCAGUUUCGCUGUACAGGUGCCUUGAAACAUUUUUGCAGGAGGAACCUCUUGGACCAGAAGACAUGUGGUACUGUCCUGGCUGUAAACAACAUCGUCAAGCUAGUAAGAAGUUAGAUCUUUGGAGACUUCCUGAAAUCUUGGUUAUUCAUCUUAAGAGGUUUCAAUAUAGUCGUUACAGUAAAAACAAGCUGGAGACAUAUGUUGACUUUCCGAUUGAUAAUCUCGAUUUGUCUGCUUAUAUUACCCUUGGGAAUGACAAGUCUUAUUAUUACACACUUUAUGCUGUGAGUAACCAUUUUGGAAGCAUGGGAGGUGGUCACUAUACAGCAUUUGUCCAUCAUGGAGGCGAUCAAUGGUAUGACUUUGAUGAUAGCCGUGUUUAUCCCAUCAGCAAAGAGAAGAUCAAGUCUUCAGCUGCCUAUGUUCUGUUCUACAGAAGAGUUUUUGAAGAAUUAACAUAGUGGUAGAGUAGCAUAUAGUUCAAAAUUCCUAUUGAAGCUGAAUACCAUUGAUUAACGUUAUUGGUAGCAGUCUUUAGUAUACAGAGGGUAAAUCUUGGCGCAAUAGUGAGAUUACUGCAUUGUGACCUGGUGGUGACAGGAUUUAGUUCCAGAAAGAAAUGGUAUAUUCUCAUGAGAUUUAAGAUUGUGUGCAUCUGACCCCUCCCUAAACCUCGUGCAUUGGACUGCUUUCUUUUUCUUAGGCUUACAAGUAUACCUAACAAAGUAGCAUUUUUGUCUCACUAAAAAAAGAUUGAAGUUUUGGGCUAGUUGAAUUUUCGGUAGGGAAGAAAUGGAAACAUAGGCAGCUGUAAGGAAGACUGUAACAUAGUAACAACUAAAGGGGGUGAGAGACAUAUCCAAAUUGUUUACAGUUGUUUAAACAUGUAAAGAGAAUCUUUGUUCAAACAGGAGUUGGAUUAGAUUCUUUGAAUUAGUCUUUAUUCAAUCAU